CCGCCGUCCUUCCAGUCCUCCCAAUUCGACAUCGUCCUCCGCAGGCAACGCACACGACCGAGGGAAGGCGGUGGAGUCAAAGUGACGGGGGUACCUUCGCGGUUUUUGAAUUUAUCAAACGCCUUCGAGUUCGCCGGAUGGGGGACGGUUUCUCACGUGGUCCUCAGUCAAGACGACUUGGAUGCGGGUGAACGCGCGAUCAAGGCGGCUUCGGACGCGAGGACGUUAGGUCAAUUCACCGCCAGUGCUCUUGCGGGGAAUGCAAUCCUUGGCAGCGUCUUCUACGCUCUGCCUGCUGUUGUCGCGGUGGCCAGCGUCUAUUCUCCCAUUUCCCUUUUCGUGGCAACCCUCAUCAUAUUCCUUUGGCGGCCUAUCAUGGAAGAGUUGGCCGCAGCCCUUCCUAUCAGCGGAGCCCCUUAUAGCUACCUAUUACACAUAUCGUCAAAGACAGUGGCACUUGUAGGCGCUACCCUGCUGCUAUUGGAUUUUGCAGCGACAUCGGUGGUGUCCGCGGCGACAGCUAUCACCUAUGUAGCUGGAGAAGUCACGCUUCCAUUCCCGGUCUUCGCGGGAACGGCUCUCAUUCUGGUGUUCUUCCUCGCGGUCAGCAUGAGCGGCCUCAAAGACAGUGCACGGCUAGCACUGUCUCUCCUUGCAUUUCACAUCGUGGCCAUGUUAGUCCUGAUGUUGGCCUCUGUCGUGACCUGGGCUCAACGAGGGAAUUCUCAGCUGCACGAGAAUUGGCAGGAAGGAAAACGCUCACAAGGUGCAACGGCGGGAGCGAUACUUCACCAGAUAUUCAAUGGCGUAUGCAUCGGCAUGCUGGGAUUAACGGGAUUCGAAUGCAUUCCGUCCUACGUUGCCAACAUAAAGCCUGGACGUUACUCGCUUGUCCUUCGCAAUCUUCAUUAUGGUUGCAUCGUCCUGAAUGGUCUCAUUAUGCUCCUCGUCCUGGCACUUGUUCCUCUUGAGACCGUCCUCAGCGGCGCGAAUAUACUCAGCGUUCUUGCAGAGCUGGCACUGGGUAGAUGGCUUCGCAUUUGGAUUGUUGUGGACGCUGUCAUCGUGCUUUCUGGCGGUGUUCUGACAGGUAUUCUCAGUGCCUGUGAGUUGCUCCAGCGCCUGGCGCAUGAUCGCGUUAUACCUCGGUAUUUCCUGUCCAAACUCCCAACCCAGGCACCAUACGUCACAAUCCUCAGCUUUGGCGUAUUCUGCGGCAUAUUAUAUGCGUCGUCCGGAGCCAGCCUGCAAGUAGUGUCAAAGAUGUUCUCAUUAGUGUGGUUGACAGUCAUGGCGUUAUUUCCCUUUUCCGAUCUCCUCCUCAAGUUCAAUCGCGGUCGAUUGCCACGAGACCGUCGUGCUUCAUUCAUCACAGUCUUAGCCGCUCUGGCCGUAGUGAUGUCCGUCAUCGGAGGCAACAUUGCCAUCGAUCCCUCUAUCGCUGGAUACUUUUCUGCAUACGUGAUUGUGCUAUUGUCCAUAUUUGCGCUUACCCAACGGAAGGGCCGAUUCCUACUCGGGGUGUUGAGUGCCUACGAUCUGGUACCUAUACUUCACAGGUCACCUAUAGUAAGGCGAUGGAGCGAUCGGACUAUUGCAUGGAUAGCUCGCUUGAGACGGCAGCCGCUCUGUUUACUUACCAAAACAGAUGAAAUCAAUCACCUCGUACGAAUGGUGCUUUAUGUUCGCAGGAACGAAGAAACGUCCUGUCUGAAGCUUGUUCAUUUUUACGGCGACGUUGGCAUUCCUUCCGAAAUGGAAGCGAACUGGAAGAUUCUCGACGAAGCCUUCCCUGAAAUAACGAUUGAUCUGGUUCGU